GCCAUCGAGCUAUUGAGUCCACGGCUCGGUUACAGUGAACUGAACGCACAGACCCUUUGGGAGGCAUUUCUUCAGUCCAUACAAAAAGCCAUUGAAUCGGCCAAAAUCAGUGUCACCCAAAUCGCGUGCAUCGGUAUAUCGACAAUGAGAGGGACAUUCAUCACAUGGGAUCGCGAGACCGGACAGCCAUUUCAUAACUUCAUCACAUGGAAAGACAUCCGUUCGGAACAGUUAUGCAAUCAGUGGAACCAAUCGAUGCGAAUGAAGUGCCUUAAGAUGGGCGCAAAAUUUGUCCACUUCUUCAGCCGUUCCGAUCGCUUUCUGGCCGCUUCUCUGCUGCGGUUCACCACCGGAAUGGUUGUCAUGCGAUUGGUUUGGGUCCUCCAGAAUAUACCGCGAGUGAGACAACGGGCCGUCGAGGGGAACGCUCUGUACGGAACAGUUGACACAUAUCUGAUAUGGCGGUUGACUUCGGGCAAAGUGCACGCCACGGAUCCGUCCAACGCGUGUAUCACCGGCUUCUACGACCCAUUCCUCAUGAAGUACGCCGAUUGGGCGCUCAAUAUGUUUGAUAUC